CGUCGAAUAAAUCAUACAAAGACAUGUUUGUCACCGCGAAUAGCAAAGUACAAUUGUGAACCAUGCUACCGAAAAAAAAAACGAUCUCCACCACCCAGGGCCGUGACAGGGCAAGGUAUUGACGCUGACACUCACACAGACCUAUUUGUUUUUCGAAGAACAACAAGAGGUCGCUUAGUCUUCCUCUAUGAAGGCGCACACUAUGCCAGUUUUCCACCCUCAAAGAAGUAGAAAUCGCCACCCUGUCCCAUAGCAGGCAGUAACCCUUCAAGUUUAGUAAAGCGUGACGUCGGUGGUCAGUGCGGAAAAGACGUGAUCUUCCUCGGAUCACAAUCCUGAAAACCAUCCACAAAAGUUGCUCUUAAAUGGGCAAACGCCUUGCAGGAGUGGCGACGAGUCCUAAGCUUUCGUGUGAAACAAGGAUUCGCUGUGUUCUCCGGAAAACAGACACAAACGACAGGCGAGGAUUUCAGCCAAUCAUGAACUCGGUACAGGGAGACAACGACAAAUGCAGACGAAGUCUCUAUGUAAGAACAGUUGUGUAUCAGGCCAGAGCAGGAUUUUUUGAUAAACGAAGAUUACAAGUGACGCAGCCACCAGCACGUGGUUACGUUCUCGUACUCAAGAAGACACCUUCUACCGAUUUCCCGGUCGCUCCCGUGCCCGCCGGAUAUUGGAGAAGGUAAGCUCUCGGUUGAUCUUUCUUCUUAUCCGGAGAAAAAAAAGCCAAUCGUUUCUUCCUUCUGCACAACGAGGUUUUUCUACGGGAGUCCGGCGAGCGCGUAUGAGGGCCCGACCACCAGACACCCGAAACGCCGAAAUGCCUGCACAUCCUCCGUGACGCCUUUGUCCUCCAGUGAAUGGAAAGCGAAUCCAAAAGGCUUGUCGUUCUUCUUUUUUUACGGAGGAUAGAAUGCACUUUCGUGACCACGCGAACGCCUUGGGAGUAUCUGCGCUCACAACCAGGGGGUCAGCGUGUCCAGCGCAGCAGAGUCUUCAGGUUGCAUGCUGCGAGUUCGAUCCUCCUGGAGCCCUCAAAAGCCACCUUUGCUCCUUGUUCGCGAGCGUUUGUUUCCUCUUCAGCUGCAUCCAAAGUCUCCUCGAAACCCUCGUCGAAAAGUCAGACACUUCUGGCUUUCGUGGCGCUCAUCUCUCGGCGUCUUUCUCAUUUCCCCGUGGCCGGAGGCGUCGGAUACACGUGACUGCUUCACGUUCCUCGAUUUCUCGCGACACACUGACUCCCUUUCGCCAUUAAAAAUGUGCUAAAGGUUUUCUCUGUUUGUUCUGAUCUGAGAUUGGACGGAGGCAGUGUCGGUCUGUUUCAGCUGAAGCGACUUCGAACUCUCGCCACCCUCCUCGCUGUCCUGAACACCCUCUGUGACCUGUUUCUGAGCUGUGUCUGCAUUUCUUGUCUGCACAAUGGAAGAAGACGAACUUUCUCAAUGCCGGGCUCUGUAUUAUGUGGGCUUCUAUGACAUGUGCAUCGCGCGCUGCGGCGUCACACACGUGACGGGGACUCUCGCCCAACAAGAGAAAGAAGGAAUGCUUUACGCCUGUCGGCUCAUGCAGAAUCGCCAGACGCAGGGCAAGGUGGACCCCAGCGAGGUCCAAGCAAUGAGUGCUAGCCCAAAUCCGUUCCUGAGAAGUCUCGCGGUGUACAUACAGUUCCUGGACACAGCGUCUCCUCAAGAGCAACUGACUCUGUACCACCAACUUCGUGCCUUGAUGCAAGAGCAGGGGAAUACUUUCUCUGUCUUCUUCGCAGCCUCGGCUGCUGCAGCGCUCGGCAAUUUCUCAGACGCUCUUCAGUUUGCUUCGCAGCUUCAACUCCUUGAAAUGCGAGUUCUCAAACUUCAGAUUCUGCUCCUCAUGAACCGCGGAGACUUGGCAGAAGAAGAAGCACGCCAAGUGGCUGCCCAGAAUGACGACGCACCUCUCAGCAAGUUGGCAACUGCUCUCGUCGACACACUUGGAGGGAGUCCCCAGGAGGCGUACCUCUCUUUGGGCGACAUCGAGAUGCUCUGUCAGACUCCAGGCCUGCCGUGUGUCUCGCCGCUUCUUUUGAACGGCAAAGCAGCGGCGAACAUUCAACGACGGGAGUGGAACACCGCUCUCGAGGAUGCGCUCAAGGCUUUCCAGCAGGCUCCGCAAGACUGUGACACUUUGGUCAACUUGAUUUGCUGCUGUCGAAACAUGAAGAAGCACCAAGAAGCUGAUUUCUACGUCGAACGCCUGAGCGCCGUCGCGCCUUCGCACCCGAUGGUCGUCAAAAUGCGUGAACUACAUGCGGCGUUUGCCAACGCAGGAGUCCCGCAGAACUCGAGUCCUUCAGCAGCAGUUUCUUUCUGAUUCUCAGAACGUGGAAGUCAACGAAUGGGGAUGAACAAGAGUUUCUUUCUGGUUGCAGAGUGUGUCGCGGAACAAGCGUCUGGAGAGAAGCUCGAAGAACACAGUGCGCUCUGACUCAACGCACAGAGACGAAGAGAGAGGCAGAUGUCGGUAAAAUGGCUGAGAGAAUUCAUUCUGAAUGUGUGUUUUCUUCUGAAGACAAGGGCAUAAGAAUCAAAGAAAGGCUUUUCUAGAAGAGCUGAACUGUAAGGCCCACCAUAUUCUGAAUUAUCUGUCCAGGGGCAUGCGGUGCUUGUAAAAACUGCGGGUGGCUGUAUGCGCAAAAGCAGAUGUCAACAGUUCUAAUUGGAAAGAAUGCGAAACAACAGUCGAAAUGAGAAGAAGCAAGUGUCUGUCAAGUCCUUGCCGUCUCCGAAAACACCGGUUUUAUUGCGGGGAUGCGUCGGUGGAGUGCGUGAUUUAAAGUGAAGAGAGACCUAAGCGAUGUCCCGUGAUCGCAGGUGGGCCGUAUUUAGUUUUUUUCGUUUUUUCAAUCAGAAGUGUCGUAGGAAGAUCGUGUAUCAUCAUCGUGGUGGAACGUCCACAUUGAGGCGACAACCUCUCGAAUACUGAUUCAUCUAGAGGUACGGUCGUUGUCUUGUUGAAAUAUCGGCAACCUUAUCUAUCCUUCACGUACUCAGGGUAUGCAAUAUGCCACUCAGAUGACUAUGAAGCGAGACUCACUGGUGCACAUAAUAGAAUGAGAUCUCU